GAUCACGAGCAAAUUUUUAAUUGUUUACUCUUGAGAUGUAUUUGGAACAAUAUUACUCUGAAGUUAACAAAAAAACAACAAUAUUAUUCUGAAUUUGAUUAAACCCGCGGAAGAAAUUAAAUCUUAUCAAAACGUUUCCGGAAACGCAACCGGACACACCUCUCCGCCAACCAAUCAGCGUUCACCUCAAGACCGCUCGACGCACAGCACUGUCGCAGAUACGCACGGCGCGCUUACCCAUAAUCCCCUUCUCUGCGUCGGGACACAAAUACGCGUUAACGCAGAAUUAUAAACCCGUAAUAAACAGGCAAGCUAACUGCUACAACUCUCACAAUAAAACUUUUUAAAUGAAGAAUACUUGCAAUCAUUUUAGCACAACAUACCGGUAGUACUAGCAUCUCACUACGGGUUGCUAUGCGAUGCGUCAUUUCCGCCAUCUCAGGGAGACAGGCUGGUGAACCGCAGAAAACGAUGGUUGUUAUGGCAACUGAGACAUAUCGCCUGAAACCUUCCUCUGUCCAAGGAAAUGUAGUCCUUUUUAUAUAUAUAUAUAUAUAUAUAAACAAAACGAAGUGUAUAAAUACUUUUUUAAAAAAAUAUAUAACAAGAAUAAGAAUAAUAAGAGUUGGCGUGCGGAAUUUGUAGCAGGCGACACUGUUAAAUAGGCUUGUGUAUGAAAUAAACAAUAAUUUUAUUUUACUUCAAAAAAGCAAUGAAAAAACGGAUGGAAAAAGUCAGCAAGGAAAAAGGAAAGGAAGUCGAGGAAGAGCCUUCACAUACUGCAGGCUUUCCACUAGAUUUUGGUGUGUGGCUGUGGGGAUUUGUGUUCAUUCAGUGAGGUUGAGGUCAGGUGCUGAUGUUGGAAUGUCGAGGAGGCUCCAGUUCAUCCUAAAGGUGUUCAGUGGGGUUGAGGUUUGGGCCUCUUAGUUCCAGUGAAGACACUCUUCAGACAAAAACAUUGUUGAACAGUUGAGUGGGCGGAGCUUAAUCCUUCAAAAUGCGAUGGUUUACUGAAUAUACAAGACAAGUGUCCUGUCCAAAGCAUAGAUGACUACCAGUGCUCAGGCAAUCUGGAAGUGGAUUUCCCAGAGCUGUGUGCUUUAGUUGGCCUGAGGGAAAUUCCUGAAGUGAGACCAUUAACAGCAGCACCACCUUCCUCAGAAAGAGCAAUGGUGUGUCAGGGUGCAUUAUCCUGCUGAAAGAAGCAACUGCCAUUACUGAACACCGUUGUCAUGAAGGGGUGUACUUGGUCUGCAACAAUGUUUAGGUAGGUGGUACGUGUCAAAGUAACAUCCACAUGAAAGCCAAGGUUUCCCAGCAGAACAUUGCCCAGAGCAUCACACUGAUUCUGCCAGCUUGCCCUCUUCCCACAGUGCAUCCUGGUUCCAUCUUUUCCCCAGAGAAUAUCCAAGAUCAGAUUUUCUCUGAAAGCUGUAUGACAAUCUGGUCUCCUAAACCCCGCCUUCACAUAGAACUGGAGAACGAGGACUCUCUGAGUAUAAAAAGAGUCCGAAUAUCUGGAUGGAGGGUGGAUGAGGCAAUGGCUCGAGUGCUGAGUAAGACAUUACCGUCCCUCGGCAAUCUACAGAGCCUAGAGAUGUGGCAGAUUGGAUUGACUGACACCAUUCUGACCUCCAUGAAGAACAUAAUUUCUAUGUGCUCAAAGCUCAGGACGGUUGUUUUGGAGGGAACUCCAAUUCCAGAAAACAGUUACCAUAUUCUCCUGGGAGAGGACAGUAUGAUAACACACCUAUCAUUGCGAAACAACUGCAUAGGAGAAGACGGAGCACGUCUGAUUAGUUUAGCGCUCUCCAAGAAUCUCCAGUCACUCAACAUGGCCUUCAAUGCUGUUGGCGAUGCGGGUGCUGUUUAUCUUGCACAGGGGCUGCGUCUCAAUCGCACUUUGUUGUAUCUCUCUUUGGCCAACAAUCACAUAGGCGAUGUAGGAGCAUCCCAUCUGGCUCAGGUGAUUGGCCCAUUUGCUCUGACACAUGAAGAAAUAGUCGAGAGGAGGAGGCAGUUGAAAAGGAAGGACCAACUGUUGAUUAGUGAAGACUCUAAAUGUGAGUCAGCUCUGUCCAUCCCCAGCAGUUCAUCGCUGGAGCGCAACAUCAAAAGUGCCACCAAGAGAAAGGAUGGCACCAAAAAGGAGGAGAAGCUUCCAACAAAUCAGACAGUGACAACAACGGGAAAGAAAGAAGACCCCAAAGUGGCAAAGAAAAAAACCUCAGAUACUAAGAUUCCACAAGGCAGAGGUGGAAAAUCAGAUGAAAAAGACAAGCAUCCUUCGGUGAAAGAACAAGAGACAGAAGAAGUGGUUGAGACACAAAGCCCUUUGCUGAAUCCUGCUAUACAGAGCACUGGAGGAAAAGUGAUUUAUCCAGGCAACACAACACUUCUCUCUCUGAACUUGUCAGGCAAUAAACUGACACAGCAGUCACUUCAGAUGUUCCUGUCAUCCGUGGCGUGUCAAGGGAAAAGGGGUCUCCAGUAUAUUUCUCUUAAUAGUAACAGCUUUCCUCCAGACUGUGAGGUCUUCUUGAAACUACAGGAAAUGAUGUCACUUAAGAAUCCUGUAAACAGGACUACCUCAGCUCAGGCGGAGGCUGAGCAGGGACAGGCAGCAUAGCAUAGCACAAUUACCUUUUCCGCCUCAGAAUUUUACCUUAGAAUGAUCUUUAUUAUGCUAUAUUUGAGAAGAUACAGUAGUUCUGAGCAAAAAAAAAAGGAUUGGUGGUUUCAGUUAACUUGAUCUACUGUAUAUCAGGUGAACCAUGUCAUCACUGUGUGGAAUCAAAUCCAAAGCUUUGGUGUUGACUCUCGAUUCCCAAAUGCCUGGAAUCGAGGCAUCGCUUCUUUCUGGGAUCUACUCCCAGCCCUAGCGUUAAUAAAGCACAUUUACAGGGAUUUACAUGAACUGUUGUACAUGUUGCUGUUGCUAAUUCUCAGAAUGAAGCGUGAUACCCCAGAGACUUUAAAAAAUCUCUCUCACAUUGAUUUAUUUAAUAAAAUAAUACAACUGUACAGAGGACUGAGCUGUAAUCUACUGGAUCAGGUUCUCAAAGGUAGAUGAGAGUACAAACUAGAAGGUUAAAGUUCAUGGAUGAACUUUUGAUGUUGGCUUGACAGAGCCAACUAAAAGAGUUUUUAUUAUUUUUUAUUAUUUAAUAUUACAGGGUUUUGUUGUCAUUGAUUUUAAAAUGUUACACAGUUAAGAAUGUAAAGGUUAAAAGGCUAAAAGGAUAUAAUAGUUAAAGGUUAAAAACGUACAAAUUAUGCCUAAAUUUAAAACAUUAAAAGGUUAAAAGGCUAUGAUAUUCCAGUUGGUUACUAGAUGGUUGCUAUGAUGUUGCUUGGUGGUUGCUAGGAUAUUCCAGGCGGUUACUAUGAUGUUGCUUGGUGGUUCCUAGGAUAUUGCAGGCGGUUGCUAUGAUGUUGCUUGGUGGUUGAUAUGAUAUAUUCCAGGCGGUUGCUAUGAUGUUGCUUGGUGGUUGAUAUGAUAUAUUCCAGGUGGUUGCUAUGAUGUUGCUUGGUGGUUGCUUUGAUGUUGCUUGGUGGUUAUGAUAUAUUCCAGGUGGUUGCUAUGAUGUUGCUUGGUGGUUGAUAUGAUAUAUUCCAGGUGGUUGCUAUGAUGUUGCUUGGUGGUGUUGCGAUAUUCCCUGUGUACUAGAUAAUGAUCCAUUUUCAUGGUCUUUUUGGUCUGCACAAACUUUUGACUAAACAAAAACACCUCGAAUGCUUCUCUAUGGAAAAAUUACCCUCUUCGGAGCGUUGCUAUGUGGCAACCGUAAUUCCAAUUACGGUAUAUUUCAAGUAGUCAAUGUACAUUUUUCAGUAAUCAAACUGAGAUUGAAGCAUGUAUAAUGAUUGUAUAAGAUAUAAGAGAGUCAUCAUUUCAUUAAUUAAAGAAACUAAAAUCAAAGUAAGACAAGCUGGUGUGAGUCUAACUGUGAAAUCACUGAACACAUUCCUCACAGUGGAUCCUUUUCUUCUAUUC